CCCAAGGGCGGCCGCCAUUUUAGUUGGGAGGAAAACAUUGUACUGUUUUGAACUGCUCGUGUAUUUUGUGGUUCUCGUACUGUAGGCUGCUGUAGGCUUUGUUGUUGCGGCUUGACACUCAGAAUGCCUGAGCAAUGUUGCGUCGUCCGUUGCCGGAACAUGAAAGGCAUAAGUGCCGGUGUGCGGUUCUUCAGGUUCCCACUAGAGAAGCGUCACCGAAGGAAGCGUGAGUUGUGGAUUGCAGCUAUUGGGCGCAAGAAGAAAGACGGUUCGGCGUGGAUGCCGACAAAGAGUUCACGUGUGUGCGGAGUUCAUUUUCUGAAAGGUGAGCCGUCUUCCGUACCGUCAGACCCGGACUACGUGCCAAACGUGUUCGGAGUUCCACCGACGCCUUACGGCCCUGGGAAACGUGUAGUGAAUGACACAGACACGGCGGAAGUCCCAAUUCUCGCAAGUAACGUGCCUGCGAUUCACGUGGAAGAACCGAAAAGACAACCAUUAUGUAGAGUGACAAACGGAGAGAACAGGGAGGGCCACCAGUGCUCUGACCAAGACGGGCUCUGCAAUAAUGAUCACUCUUACACAAGAACGUCUCGUGGCAGGCCCGAAAUAUUGCGGCAUAUACUGUGUCCAGAAGAGGAAGUAUGCAGUGAUGCAGUGAUUCAUUCUUCACCAAAUGACUCGGAAGAACCGCUCUCCCUUGUGACCACGGUCUCACCACAGAUUACGUCACACUCGCAAGGGGAUGUACGUAGUCGAGAUGUGUCGAGUCAUUGUGUUCGGGACCAGCUGUUACAACUCGAGCGAAGGCUUUCUGCAGCAAAUGCACGAGAGGAGGAACUGCAGAGACAGGUGCAGUACUGGAAAUCGGAAUACGACAGACUGAAGAGCUCUUUGUCAACUCUGGAGAACAUGGGCAGGGAAGGUUUUCAGUACUACUCGGUACAGUAUCGGUGGGGCUCGCCAGCACCCUGUAAAUAGAACCGUCACGUAGCAGUGGGAACAUUUCUAACCUGAUGACAUUUUAGAUAACGAGAGCUUCAAACAUUCCCCCUCUAUAGGCAUAUGAUACUGCAUCUUGGUAUGGCACCACCUAUAGUAUUUGCAGGAGGGCAUAUCUGCACAUGAGGUCUUGGAGAGGGCAGCAAUGUGUUGACACAUUUCGCUUAAGUUUUAAAAGAGAAUAACACACAUACACACAGAAAUUCAGUGCUAUUGGAAGUAUCGAUUUGCGCAGAUUGCUCAGGAACCAUUUGCAAUGAAGUGAUCCUUAUGAUAGUGAUGACACAGUGGAGUGUGAAGGCGGAAUAAUCAUGCUGGGCAUGCUGACGUCUAGUUUUUUUUACGUUACCCUCGCUGUACAUAACUAGUAAUGUCGUGCCAGGCAGUGCAUGAUAAUAAAGCUACGAUACAACACAGUA